AUGAUCAAAGCAUUGCAAGUGUUUUUGUUUCCAUUUUUGGCUCUCGUUAGCGGUCUCGUCUUAGAUGCCACGAAUCGCCGCAUACGAUUUCUUCGCAUACCGGAUACUAUAUUGAUAUUUUUGUUCGCACUUGGUACAAGUUUCAUACUUCACUUAUUCUUCCCAGAAGCUUUGAUGAGACACAUUGAUGAAACUUACACAUGGAAGACUGUUGAGCCAGGCGUCGUUGUUGGGGUCCUUUUACCUCUUCUGAUAUUUGAAUCUGCAGUAAAAAGCAAUUCACAUCUAUUCUUCCGCAAACAAUGGCUAUUAUUUGCAUUGACAGCUACAGUAUACUUUUUGACAUUAAUAUUGUAUACAGCGUUAAUGUUGCCCUUUCUGAGAAUCAUGGACAACUGGAAUGUAUUUACGGUGAUGCUAAUGGGUGCAAUUCUGGCCGCAACUGAUCCUGUAGCAGUAGUUGCAAUUCUGGAAGAUAUUGGUGCUCCCCAGCGGAUCAAAAUUCUUGUAGAAGGCGAAUCUCUGCUCAACGAUGGUCUUGCUAUUUUUGCUUAUCAAAUUCUUCUGAAUUUUGUUUUGAAAGAAGUGAACUUGCCAUCUCAUCCGUAUACUGUAAUGCAUUACAUCGCAAUGUGUAUAAGCUGCAUCAUAAUAUCUCCUCUGUUGGGCUAUACAACAGCUCACAUUUCUGUUAUGAUUAUCCGUCACGGCAUCAGUGAGGAGAAGAGAAUACAGAUGUUUUUGGUUAUUUCUGUUUACUUUGUUUGGCAACUAGGAGAAGUUACUAAAGGAUCAGCUGCCGUUGCGACUGUUUUUUACGGUGUCACAUUAAAUUAUUUGAGAGAAAGAUUAAAUCCCAAAAGUGUGGAAUUGACUUUGCAAAUCUGGACAGCUUUCGGUUACUGGGCUAAUUGCAUCGUAUUCAUGUUCAGUGGUUACGCUAUUGGAUUGUUACUCUUCAAUAAUCCAGUGGAAAUUGAUGUCAUCUACCACUUGAUCUCCGGUUUACUGUUGUUUCCGAUAUCGUUGGUCGCUCGUAUGCUAGCCUUAUUAGUAUUUCGAGAAUUCUGGAAUGCAACAGGCAGUUCUCACGUAGUUUACGACACUGAUUACGUUUUGCUAGCGUAUGGUGGGUUGAAGGGAGCUUUGGCACUUCUUUUAGUACACGAGUUCACUGAAAGUGUACAAAACGAUCCAUAUGCUAGUCGAGUAGGCGAAAAAGUCGUGCUCUAUGCUAGCUCUGCAGUUUUUGCGUGUUUGGUGAUCCAGGGCAUGACAUUUUCGUAUGUAACGAACCGCGAAGGUACUAAUCGACGUUCGCGUUACAUUAAAGAUUCAGAAAAGAACGUAGAACGUCAUUUAAACCGUACUCUUCGCACAAAUAUUGGAGCAAUGCGCAGGCAGGCCGAUUCCUAUCUCACGGAAGCUAACUGGACUGUUGUUAAUGAACAGAUCGAAGCUAAUGUUUUUAAAGGGUUCGCGAGCAACAUUGGACAGUUUUCACGAGUUCAAACAAGUAUGUAUGAUGAAUCUGUGAAAAGUAUAGACAGUCAGUCAGCUGAAGAGUCGACCGUAAUGAAAAAAGACAACAGUGAUGUCUGCAUAAGUUAUUAUAGUAUACUUUUGGCUCGAGUGCAUAGCUUGUGGACACUCGGUGCUAUUUCUGGUCGUGCAGCACAUUUGGUGAUCGAUCUUUUAGAGCACGGCGUUGAUGAAGGCAAAUUAACUUUGGCUGAUUUUCGAGAACAUUUAAAUUCAGCUGAUAGCAAGUGGCAUCAUCACAUUCAAUUAAGAUUACUCACCGCUUUACGGUGUUGGAUUGAUACAGAUUCAAAAUUGAACAGGCUGAAUUGGAUUGGCAUAUCAUUCUUGCCGUAUCCAGUUCCCACGAAUAGUUCGGUCUUGAUUCCCGUUCGUUCCAUGGAAUGGUGGUGCAUAUUUUCUGCUUUUCUGGCAGUCAUGCAGUCUAUUCUUAUAGCGUUUGUUAUUUUCUGGCAACCAUCGGUCGGAACAAAUGUUAGUUAUUCGGUACUGAUGCCUACAUUUCUGAUUGCUUUUGUGUUCUUCGUUGAAGAAGUGGUACAUUUCCACCGUUUACGGAAACCAGCGUAUCAGAUGGAAUUAGAGCGUUUGGAUAUGCGCUGUUCACAAAGCAUCAAUCGUGUUACUAUUGAAUUCAUAAUAUUUUUACUGUACAUAUUCUUGAUCAUCGGUAUUAUCACAGUUAUGUCUGUUUUGUUGGCUAAAUAUCCAAAUGGUUCUUGCAUACAAGAUGAUGGCCAGUGGAGAAUUUUAUCAGUCUGUAAUACAAUGCGUUUUCUACUCCUCACAUUAUUGGUACUUUUGGCAUUGUUAAAAAUACUUCGCAUCACACCACUGUUUGUUUUCACUCUGCAUGAAGCACUGUACACUGCAAACAAUUUAUGGAUUGUUGAUAUUCAGCUUUUACGUGUUCGCAUUCAAUUGUCAGCGUUAUAUUUUCUACAAUUUCUAUUGAGUCAACCACCAGCAAAGUUUACGUUUUUUCCUGGAGACUCAUACCAAGUCGCUUUGGGUGAGCAAAAGCAUUUAAAUAAAAUAGUGGAUGCUCUAAUACGCAAGGCAAUGAAACAAAGUAGAGAAGUUCUCGAUUUAAUUACCGUAAUCAAAACUAAACAGGCCAUUCGAAUGGCUGCACAAACAUUGGAGCAUACUGUAAUUGAUUUACAAAAGCAAGGAUUUUUGCACCAUGAAUCGAUGCAGCAAUGGGAGCGUUCAUUGGAUCGCUUACGUGAUCGUGGUGAACGUCUAAUUAGUUCGCCAGAAUGUAGUUUUCAAGAUGUUUUAGAGGCUGUUCAUUGGAUCCAAGCCAUAGAAAGCGACAAGAAGCAAGAUUUGAUAGAUAAAUUAGUAAAAUACUUUGAAAUGCAACCUGAAGUUGAACAGCCUGGUGGACAUUUAGUGCAGACAUUCGAGAAGACAAUGUAUUUCAUCCGGAAAGGAAUUUGCAAAGUGACCGAAAUGACAUUAUCAAGACGUGGAAAGGAGCAUAGGCAUGAUUACUAUGUGCAUCAGGGACGUUUCGUUGGAGAACGGAAUUUGCUGGACAAAAAUGAUUUUGCAAGUUUUAGACGUGAAUCAGUAAAAAAGCCAAAAGUUGAGUAUCGUACUUCAACCGAUUGUAUGCUUAUUAAAGUUGAUGAAGAUAUUAUGGACUUUAUCAGAUCAUUCGAUAACUCAAUAAUUCGGACUAUUUCACGCAAAGAACAAACUCGACGACUUAUAUAUGAACUUAAGGAGCAACAAGAAUCAUUCGCUUUAAUUACAUUAGAUGACUUCGAGAAAUUAUACAUGAAACGUGGAUAUUCAGUAAGUGGCCGAACAGAUGUUGAAGUUGGGGCUGGACGGAAACUAAUUGUUGGAUUUCGAGCGAUGAUUGUUUCUGUGAAACCACCAACAAGCUUAGACAAUAAUUAUCAUAUUCUGGGACCAUCCGUAGUCACUUUGAAGCCUGUUGGUGAAGAUGAAGGAAUGGCUGUAUUGAUCGAUAAUGAUCGCAGUGUCGAUCAGCCAACUUUAGAUGUUGAAAGUAAUAUUUCACUGGAAACGGAAACAGAAGAAGUGGACAAAAUGCUCUCGAAAAAGAAAACUAGCAUAAAGAGGAAAAUACUGUCAACAACAACAGCCAAACCUGUGCAAACACUCCCCGCUAUACUUGAGAAAGCAAAAUUACUUGGAGAAUCAGGAAAGAUAAAAACAGAAAUACGUCCAGUUUCGGAAAGAACUCAGCUAACAAAGAAGAUGACAAUGAUAAAACCAGUAUUGUCAUUAUCAAGCAAGGGCGGAGUACGUGGUCGAACUUUAGAUACGCAAACAGAUGAAGUUGAAGAAGACAUGAAGAAUUUUGAAAUGUGGGGAAAGAAGAAAUCAAAGCUGAUUCAAGACAAGCGUCAGAUUGAAUCUCAACUCACUCAGGAACUAAGUACUUCUACAAGCGGAAAAAGUUCAAGCGUUGAAGGUGUAACAAAGUCGAAUGGAAAAAGAAAACAAGAAAGGUGA